AUGACGGGUCAAAAUGAAGAACUCACCUUCAUAACACGGGAACAGAAGAGGCCCUCACAGAAGAAGAAGAAGACAGGGCUGGUGGUGGCAAGUGUACUGCUGCUGCUGCUGGUCCUGGCGGCUGUGGCUGGAUUUCUCAUAUGGUGGUUUGCUAUCAGGCCCAACUCAAAGCUCCAGGCGGGCACAGCGUCUAAAAUGGAAGCCCAGCGGAAUUUGGGAACGCGAGUCUUUAGCGGCGAGAUGAAGCUGAUAGAUGCCACGUACAAGCCUCAAUACGCGGACCCCAAAAGUACAGAGUUCAGAGAGACAGCUGAUACACUGCAGGACAUUCUUAAUAAGACAAUCUCCAACGACGAAUUUCUUCGCAAGUACUACAAUCAGUCUGUCAUCUCUGCCUUCAGCGAUGGUGUGAUCGCAUACCACUGGAUACGUUUCGAUGUUCCUCCAGAGUCCAUGACCAUCCUGAACAAGCUGACAGCAGAUCGCGUGCUAGACACGCUCCGCCGAGGAGUCCGUCAGGAGGGCACACGCAGCAUGCAGCCCUUCACCAUUACCGGCAUCACCGCCUCACUUACAGACGACAGGAUGGCCAGGAACCCAAGAGCCCCGGAAUGUGUCAUUAAUCUGGAGGCAACUUCCAACAUCCAGAAGUUCCAGUCACCUGGUUACCCAGCUGGGUAUCCAGCCCAGACGCGAUGCCAGUGGCAAAUCCGCGCUCCUGCUGAUAAAGCCAUCCUGGUCAAGUUCCCUUUUUUCUACAUUCAGGACUCAUGCUCCAGUGACUAUGUUUUUAUCUUCGACUCUCUCAGCCCCGAUGAAGCUCGUGCCAUCACACAGAAUUGUGGUCAACGUCCCCCAACUAACCCCCUGGAAGUCAUCUCCUCUAGCAAUGUUAUGCUCAUCAACCUCGUCACUGAUACAAUCCAGAAGCCAGGAUUUGAAGCACAAUACAGCGCCAUCUCCAGAAUUACAGCUGAGACAUGCGGAGCCCUUCUGACCGACCUUUCUGGAAACUUCACCACCCCGCACUACCCAAGUUUCUACCCUCCCAUGGUGAACUGCGCCUGGACUAUCACUGUGCCUAAAGGCAUGAAAAUCCGAGUGAGGUUCAGCAUGUUCCGUCUAAAGGAACCAGGCACCAACACUCAAACUUGCAAAAAAGACUAUGUGAAGAUCAACGGCUCAAAGUACUGCGGCGAAAGGCCCGGUCUGACUCUGAGCAGCGAUAAUAACACCUUGGUGAUAAGCUUCUAUUCAGAUGGCUCAUAUUCGGAUAAAGGCUUCAAUGCCCAGUACAGGGCAUACGACCCACAGAACCCUUGUCCGGGUCAGUUUGCCUGUACUUCAGGACUCUGCAUUUCCAAAGAGCUUCAGUGUGACGGCUGGAAUGACUGUGGAGACAUGAGCGAUGAGAAAAAGUGCCAAUGUGAGGAGGACCACUUUGUAUGUGACAACGGCAUAUGCAAACCAAAGUACUGGCUUUGUGACCAAGUGAACGACUGUGGAGACAACAGUGAUGAAAAAGGCUGCACCUGUGUGAAGAAUCAGUUCCGUUGCGGUGACGGCACCUGCAUGCCCGACACCGUAAAGUGUAACGGGAAGAAAGACUGUGCAGAUGGCAGCGAUGAGGCCUCCUGUAAGGAGUCUGAGGGAAUGUGCACAGACUUCACCUUCACCUGUAAAAAUAGACAGUGUGUCAACAAACUCAAUGCCGAGUGCGAUAAAGUCAACGACUGCUCCGACGGUUCUGAUGAGCUGGGCUGUGACUGUGGUGAGCGUCCAUACAAACACAACCGUAUUGUUGGCGGGGUGAAUGCUGACGUGGGUGAAUGGCCAUGGCAGGUCAGCCUACACUACCAAACUAGCGGGCACGUCUGCGGCGCCUCGAUCAUCUCGGACAAAUGGCUGCUCACUGCCUCUCAUUGCUUUAUGACCGGUGAAGCUUCAUACCGUGACCCGUCAAAUUGGAUGACAUACAGCGGUAUGCAUGAUCAGCAGAAGGAUGACACCAAUGUACAGAUGCGUGAGGUGAAGACCAUCAUCACACAUGCAGACUACAACCAGAUGACAUACGAUAAUGACGUCGCCUUACUGGAACUGAAGCAAUCACUGCAGUUCUCCAGCACUGUUCAUCCAGUGUGUCUGCCAGCCAGCUCGCACGUCUUCCCACCCGGAAUGCCUUGCUGGGUGACGGGCUGGGGGGCAGUCAGAGAGGGAGGAGGGGUCUCGGUUAUUCUGCAGAAAGCACAAGUUAAAAUCAUUAAUGACACAAUAUGUGAUUCAGUAACAGAGGGUCAGGUGACCUCACGCAUGCUGUGCAGCGGUUUCCUUACUGGAGGAGUGGACGCUUGUCAGGGUGACUCGGGCGGUCCUCUAGUUUGUGUCUCCGAGGCAAAUAUCUGGUUCCAGUGUGGGAUAGUGAGUUGGGGAGAAGGCUGCGCACGCCGCAACAAACCUGGCGUCUACACACGACUCACAAAGUUCCGCGACUGGAUACAGCAACACGCUGGAGUGUAGCAACCUGACGAGAUCCAGGAUGAGUGUGUGUGUGUGUGUGUGUGUG